AUGGCGGCGCUGGGCACGGGGGAGAGGCUGGCGGCGGCGCAGGUGGCACGGGAGAGGCCGGCGGCGGCGCAGGUGGCACGGGAGAGGCCAGCGGCGGCGCUGGGCGUGGGGGAGAGGUCGCCGGCGACGCAGGUGGCGGGGGAGAGGCCGCUGGCGGCGCUGGGCGCGGGGGCGAGGUCGCGGAGCCAGCCGGCGACGGGGUCGGCGAUGCAGCCGUCGACGCCAACGCAGAGGGCAGGGACACGGCUGUCGGCGCUGGGGGUGGGGGCAGGGGCAAGGACGCGGCUGCUAGCGUCGGCACUGGGGGCAGACUCGCAGGCGACGAUGCUGAGGAUGCAGCCGGCGGCAUGUGAUGAUGACACAGAGGAGGAGGAGUAUGUCGAGGAGGGAGAUGAGGAGUCAGAAGUGCCUACAGCAGAGUCAUCAGAGGAGGCAGAGUCUGAUGAGGAAGAGGCAGCAGGAGAUGAGGAGGCCCCAAAGCCUCAAGCUGAGAGGGAGCUAGAGCAGCCGGCAGAGGAGAAGGCCCCAUAG